AUGCAUAUAUAUGGAUCCCUUGCGUUGCGUAAAUGUUAAUCUCCUAACAGCAUCCAACAAAGCUUGAGCGAGCGUAAUAAACAUCAGAUGGUCCUUUAGCUUUUCCUCUGAUUCUUUUCUUCCUUCUUUUGCUUUUUCUCUCAAGGGUUAUGCUUUUCUUUGUUUGGUGGCAAAGAUCUUGUAAGAAUUAUAUGCCAGCAUACAACAGGAAGUUGUCCCUACAUAAUUGCCUUUUAUAAUGUUGAGUGCCCGUGAUAGAUUCCUUGGUUCUUCCUGUUAAAUAUAAAAGCAGGAAAGAAGAACAUCUGUAGCACCUCUAAUCACUUUCGCAAAUCCAUUACCUUAGUUUCUUUCAUUUGCUUCUGAUAUCUAUCAAACUUCAACUGCAAGUAUGGCCGAACCUCUAGUUUCUGCUAUCUUGGAUCAGUUUGUUUCAAUUGCUGCUCGGGAGGCGGAACAAGAGAUAAGAUUGGUAGUUGGUGUUAAAAAAGAAGUCGAAAAGCUUGAACGCAAACUCAAAACCAUCCAUGCAGUGCUUGAGGAUGCUGAGAAAAGACAACUGACAGACACAGCUGUGAAGGUUUGGUUACAAGAGCUCAAAGACGUAUCCUACGAGAUGGACAAUGUGCUGGAUGAGUGGAACACUGCAAUGAUCAAAUCAGAAAUUGAGAAACAAGAAAAAGCUGAAAGCUCCCCUAUUCUAAAGAAGAAGGUAUGCUCUUUCAUCCCUUCCUCUUUGUGUUUUUUUCGUCAAUUUAAAAAACUUGGUUUGCGUCACGAUAUUGCUCACAAAAUAAAAGAACUGAGUGGAAACUUAGAUGAACUUCACAAAGAGAAUGCCAGGUUCGAGUUUAGGAUUUACUCGAAUAGGGAUACUGAAGUAGUUGCUCGACCAAAAACUACCUCCCUUAUUGAUGUGUCUAAAAUAUGUGGUCGUGAUAAGGAAAGGAGUGAGCUAGUGAGCAACCUCUUGGGCAAGGGUAGCCAAGAAGAAAAGAGCCCCCAUGUCAUCUCCUUAAUAGGCAUGGCAGGUAUGGGAAAAACAACUCUUGCCCAACUAGCUUACAAUAGUGAUGAUGUGCGGGCCCAUUUUGAAAUGCGAAUAUGGGUAUGUGUUUCUGUUCCUUUUGAUCAGAUCAGGGUUGCCAAAGCAAUCAUUGAAUCUAUUGAACGUCAAUCCCCCAACAUUUCUGAAUUGCAAAAUCUAUUAGAUAGAAUUUGUGAUUUGAUUAGGGGAAAGAAGUUUUUUCUUGUCUUAGAUGAUGUGUGGUCUGAAAAACACAAUGAUUGGGAGCCAUUCAAACUUGCACUCAGAUGUGGGGCUCAAGGUAGUAGAAUUUUGAUCACCACACGUAAGGAGGGAGUUGCAAAGAUGGUAAAUAGUGCUUAUACCAUCAAUUUGGAGGUACUGUCUAAUGAAGACAGCUGGUUGAUAUGCAGUCAAAUGGCAUCUGUUGACAGAGAUGAUGAGCAACUAGGAAAACUUGGUCGAGAACUAGCAAAUAAGUGUAAGGGCUUGCCACUAGCUGCAAAGAUUCUAGGAAGUGUCAUGGGCAGCCAAAGAAGUAGGCAAAAAUGGAAGGACCUUUUGGACAGUAAUUUAUGGGAAUUAAAAGAAGUUAAAGAGGACAUUUUUUUAGGACCAUUAUUAUUUAGUUAUAAUGAGUUGCCAUCAGCAAUAAAACAAUGCUUCUUGUAUUGUGCUCAAUUUCCAAAGGAUUAUCCCUUUUCUAGAAAUGAGUUGGUCUACCAAUGGAUGGCACAAGGAUAUUGUGGCUCAAAAUCUAAUAUGGAGGAUACGGGAGAAAGGUACUUUGAAAAAUUAGUUAUGCACUCCUUCUUCCAAGAUUUUGAGAAAGACGACAAUGAUGAUGAUAAGAUAAUAAGAUGCAAAAUGCAUGAUGUGGUUCAUGACUUUGCCCAAUUUAUGUCAACAAAUGAAUGCGUCACAAUUGAUGGUGACAAAGAGUUGGGGACAGAUUGUAAAAGUGUCCGUCAUUUGACAUUAGAAUUAAAGGAGGAAACACAAUUUCCUGUAUCUCUCUAUAGUGCAAAAAAUCUACGGAGUCUUUUUCUACGAACUCCUUAUUUUGGAAGAAUGGUCUUCUCAUCUGAUUUAUUCCUACAUUUGACAUGCCUCCGGUCAUUGAAUUUGAAAGAUAGUUCCUUUGAGAAACUUCCAAAUGAAGUGGAAAAAUUAGAACAUUUAAGAUUGCUCAAUUUAUCAGGUUCUAACAUUACAGAAUUACCUGAAAUGAUGUGUAAUUUAUGUAAUUUACAAACACUGGAUAUUAGUGGUUGUGGUGAAAUUAUGAAAUUACCCCAAGGAAUGGGUAAACUAAUUAAAUUGAGACAUCUUCUUAUUGAUGAGUGUGAAGGAUUGACCGAACCCUUUCCAAAAGGGAUUGGAAGAUUGAGUUCUCUCAGAACAUUAAACAGAUUCAUAAUAGGUGGUCUAAACAAUUUUGGAGAGUGUAAACUUGGAGAUUUGAAGAAUCUAGUCCACCUUAAAGGGUCUCUUGGGAUAGAAGGCCUGGAAAACGUAACAGAUGUACAAGAGGCUGAAAAUGCACAACUAAAAAAUAAGAUACACCUCCGUAAGUUGAGAUUACAGUUUGGUGGGGAAGCUGAGGAUGAUGAGGAUGAUGAGGAGGAUAGAAGAGGGGAGAAUGAUGAAUUAGUUCUUAAUGCGUUGGAGCCACAUCCAGAGUUGGAGAGUUUAUCGAUUCAUUACUACAGGGGUACAGGGUAUCCUAAUUGGUUGAUGUCUUUGACCAUUUUGAAAGAGCUUGAGCUUUAUUCGUGGGAUAAUUUAGAGCAAUUGCCUCCUCUGGGGAAGCUGCGUUUCCUCGAAUCAUUAGAUAUUAGUGAUUUUAGUAGUGUGAAAAAGGUGGGUGUUGAAUUUUUGGGAAUAGAAUCCAAUAGGAAGAAGGAUGAGGAGAUGGGAUCAACAUCAACAUCAUCACUUAUCUUAUUCCCUAAUUUGAAAUCUCUCCGUUUUAGCAAUAUGGAAGAGUGGGAAGAAUGGGAUGGGAUGGGAGAAAGUGGUGUUUCAGAAUCAGUUUUAAUUAUGCCACGUCUUCAGGUUUUGACUAUUUACUCAUGCCCAAAGCUAAAGGCACUGCCCAAUUGGGUGAUGUCUUUGACCAAUUUGAAAAAGCUUGUGCUUGAUUCCUGCAAUAAGUUAGAGCAAUUGCCUCCUCUGGGGAAGCUGCGUUUCCUCGAAUCAUUAUAUAUAAGUGAUUGUAGUAGUAUGAAAAAGGUGGGUGUUGAAUUUUUGGGAAUAGAAUCCAAUAGGAAGAAGGAUGAGGAGAUGGCAUCAACAUCAACAUCAUCACUUAUCUUAUUCCCUAAGUUGAAAUAUCUCGAUAUUAGGUUUAUGGAGGAGUGGGAAGAAUGGGAUGGGAUGGGAGAAAGUGGUGUUUCAGAAUCAGUUCUAAUUAUGCCACGUCUUCGGGUUUUGACAAUUUGCCAGUGCCCAAAGCUAAAGUCACUGCCCAACUUCCUCGAGAAAACUUCGUUAGAGGAAUUGACUAUCGAUUGUCGAAUUUCCAAUUGGAUGACGUUGGCAUGCCAUUUACCCAGAUUGAAAUCACUUACAUGUCACAAUCUGAAUAGCGGAGAGCAUUUUCCCACUUUGGGGAAGCCGCGGUUCCUCGAAUCAUUAACGAUAUGUGAUGCGGAAAGUGUGAAAAAGGUGGGCUUUGAAUUUUUGGGAAUAGAAGAAUCCAACAACAACAAGAAGAAGAUAGACGAAGAGAAGGGAUCAACAUCAUCAUCAUUAUCUUCACUUGUCUUAUUCCCUAAUUUAAAGUCCCUCUCAUUUUGGAGGUUGAAAGAGUGGGAAGAAUGGGAUGGGAUUGGAGGAACAAUGAGAGAAGAAGAAGCACAAGAAAGUGGUGUUACUAUCACUAUUAUGCCACGUCUUCAGGAAUUGCGAAUUCAUAAUUGCCCCAAGCUGAAAUCGCUGCCAGACUUCCUUCCUACAACUCCCUUAAAGAAUCUGGAUAUCGAAUAUAGUCCAAUUCUCAGUGAAUGUUGCAAAACAGAUAUAGGAGAUCAAUGGCCCAAGAUUUCUCACAUACCCAACAUCCUUAUUGAUUAUAGAUCUGUGCGAAGAGAUGGUCGUCCAAUGCAAACUUGAAUCUCAGUUAAGGCCUUAUUAAACCAGAAAUCAAAUGAGAAGCAUAUCUUGUGCUGGAGAAAAUUUGCAUGUAUGGAUGCAUGUUUGUAAAACACCCACAAAAGAAAGGCUUGCAUUUUGUAUUGCAUACUGACAAAUGAAAGGUCAUUAAGUUUAAAGAGUUUGAAUCCAGAGGAGUGCAUGUGGUUUUCUUGUCCUUUCGAUUGGAGUGUUUCAUGCAAAUAAAGAGAGAGAGAGUAGGAUGUUAGCACUGGGAUAAGAGGGAAUAACUAGAUAGAAGUCUGUUGUUUGUUUGUCUGUUUAUGCCAUCCAUGGUUGAAUAAUUUUGGAAUGACGAUGUAGAAGGUGAAGAGUAGUAGACUGGACCAGUUCAAAAAUUCCCCAAAUUCUGGAAUCAAGGCCAUUCAACUUUUUGUUUAAUAUGGGCACUUAGAUUAUAGUUCUCCUACAGAGGCUGAAGUGAUUCUUUACAUUGAAGAGUGUGAAGUAUAAGAGGUGACCACCAGUCAAGAAGAAAAAAUUACAAAUACCUUGGCUUUGUUAGUUGGUUGGAAAGAGUUGGAUACUCUUUUCUGGAGCAACAUUCGUGGAACGGUGGAAGUGAAUAACAUUUUCUUAAUAGCCUAUUACAACUUCUUUGCUGCCUCAAUCUUAUCCUCACUCGACAAGUUUCCUCUAUGGUUAUGGUUUAUUUCCUUCGUGAUAUAGGGUGAACUCCAAACUGUGUCAUUUGGGAAAGCACAUCUUGCACAAGAGGGAAUGGUCAUGCAAAAAACUUUGGCACCAUGAUUGGAACAUCUCGAGGGGUCAGUUGCAUCUCCAAAGCUGUCUGCAGAAUUCAGGAGCAGAGCAUGUUGCAAAAUUUGUACUUUCGUGGAGUAGAUGGGACUUGGAAAGAACUUCUGUGAUAUUAAUAUGUGGAAACUAGAAGGUGUGCUCUCAAAGUUGUUAUGGAUGGACUUCCUAAAACCAUUGAUAAAGACAUUGGAAGUCUGGGAUGCUUUGAAUAAUUUGUGGCCACAGAAAAAGGUCCUUGCUGUUUACAUACCGUAAACAAGACUCAUUAAGCCCGUGUUUGAAGUUCUACACAUAGAGAAUGGUGUUGUGCAUUACAGAUGAUUACAGAAUGCUGAAGAUAAAUGUACUUUGUAACUACUCCCUCUCCCUCCAUUUCUGGUUGAGGCAAAGUGUGAUUUCUCUUCCCUCUUUCUCUUUUCACCUCUUUUUGGAGCCAUAGCUCUCUUGUUUGAUCACACAUUUAUUUACUAGGGUGAGUUGGGAACUGUGAUGUGUUUGGAUAAAACAUCCCAUGCAAGAGAGACUAGUGGACAAGAGAAGAUUGGACCAAUUAAAGAAAAAAAAAAAAUCCAAAUUUGUCAUCAGAAUGAGCAAAAAAUAUAGGUAUUGAAGCCAUAUAACUCUUGCCUUUGAUAAGGGUACCUCAAUUCUAAUUUUCCUUCAGGGUCGAGGAAUACUUAGCCUUCAUUCUGGCUAGACAUCAUGCAAAAUGUUGUGUUCCCUUGGGCCUCAGACAUUGGGCCAGUCUAUUUGGUGACACAUAAAAAGCAACCGAGGCUAGAGUGUUCUGUGGCAUGCUUGGGAAGCAACCACCGGGUAGAAGAAGAUAUUACAAACAUCCCAACUGGAAGAGUGUGGGCAUGGGAGGUGAACUUGAAACAAUGUUCCUCAUGGAAGAAAAUCUUGUGCAAGAGGGAAACGUCAUAAAUUCAUUUAUGAGGAUUUUCAGGUGAACUUGAAACAAUGUUCCUCAUGGAAGAAAAUCUUGUGCAAGAGGGAAAUGUCAUGCAAAAGUUGCAUUUACUUGGAUUAAAUGGAACUUGAAGAGGUACUCUAUGAUCUACGUGGUAAGGAAAUUCGGGUUGGCGUGAAUAUUGGUUUUCUUGUUGCAGAGGAAACUAGAAGGUGUGCAUUCAAAGAUAUUGUGGCUGGACCCCCAUAAAACAUUGAUAGUGGAACUCCGGUUACAAAGUCUUUUGGUUCUGACACUCACAUGGAUGAGGCCUAACAUGCUGUAUUGAUGCCCAUGUUUGAAGUUGUAAGCAUUGAGAAGGAUUUGCACGCUGCAGUGCAUAUUUUGAGAAAGGGACUUGAUGGGGCAUUUUGUCAUAUAAAUUUGCAAGCAAUGUUAUCCUGUGUAUUUGCGGCUAGAGAAUUCAAGGUAGCCACUUAUUUGCAUAUACGUGAAAUUGAAGGCCAUAAAGUACAGGCUAUGGUAUUGUGUAUCUCAUUCAACAUGUAGUCUUGAACAUUUGGUGAAGCAUAUUUUAAAUUGGUGGGAAUUAAUAAGCAACGAUGUACCUCAGAAAGCCACUUCUUACAUUCUGGUACAAGUACAGUUGAUUGCUAAAGCUCUACACAGUCAAAUGACAGAGCUCCAACGGGCAAAAUGGAAAAUCUCUAUGCUUGAUUUGUAGACACAACAGUGUUGAUUGAUGAAGCUCCAAUGCUCCAUUAACAUAUCAUAGGCGCAUUAAUGUAGCAUGUCAUGGAGUUCAAGAAACAAUAUCGUGAAGCAGUGGCACACUGCACACCAAGAAAUUUAUGACCAGUGAACUCAGUUUUUCAAUUUUGAGCCUAGAAUUUGCAUCCAACAUUUACAUGUAAUUCCAGAUUUUUGAACCUUUUGUGUGCUGUGACUUGUGUAUAGCCAUGAAGCUUUCGGGAGUAUGCAUUUAUUUUCCAUCAUCCUCCUUUGACAUGCAUGUGAUGCUACUCAUGGAAAUUUUUUUGUAAACUUGCUUUCAUCUGGAUUAUUGAUGGUGUCCAAUAUGGUUGUGGUUUUACUGCGGUGAACUAUUUGAUGUUCA